CCCGGGCGGCAGCUGCUGCCGCUGCUCCUGCGCCCCCGCCCGCCGCCGCCGCGCAGCAGCCCGGGACCGCCGCGCAGGACCGGGGGCUCGGCGGCAGCGGCGGCGGGGCCGGCGCGGCUGAAGGGACCGGAGGAGCUACCGGGGCCGGGGCUGCUCCGUACUUUCGUCUGGCUGUUCCUGCGGGGCUACCUGCUGCACACGCACCGGCUGCAGGUGAUAUCCCGACGCCUUUAUGGACCUAUCUGGAAGUCAACCUUCGGACACUAUAGGAACAUCAACAUUGGGAGCCCAGUGGUGCUGGAGCAGCUGCUACGCCAGGAGGGCAAGUACCCCAUGCGGAGCGACAUGGCCCUGUGGAAGGAGCACCGGGACACCCGGCGCUUGCCCUACGGACCCUUCACCGAGGAAGGGGAGCGUUGGUACCGCCUGCGCCAGGUCCUCAACAAGCGGCUGCUGAAACCCUCGGAGGCGCUGCUGUACGCGGAUGCCAUCGGGGAGGUGGUGUCAGACCUGAUGGUGCGGCUGCGGGAGGAGCGGAGCCGCAGCCCCUCAGGGGUGCUGGUGGGGGACGUGGCCAACCUGCUCUACCGCUUUGCCCUGGAAGGCAUCUCCUAUAUCCUCUUUGAGACCCGCAUCGGGUGCCUCAAGCAGCAGGUCCCUGCUGAGACCCAGCACUUCAUUGACUCCAUCAACCUCAUGUUCAAGAACUCCAUCUUUGCCACUGUCCUGCCCCGAUGGAGCCGCAAGGUGCUGCCCUUCUGGGACCGUUACCUGGACAGCUGGGACACCAUCUUCGCCUUCGGCAAGAAACUGAUUGACCGAAAGAUGGAGGAGCUGGAGGGGCAGGUGGAGCGUGGCAAGGAGGUGUCCGGCUACCUGAGCUACCUGCUGGCCAGUGGCAGACUCAGCCUGGAUGAGGUCUAUGGCAGCGUGGCCGAGUUGCUGCUGGCUGGUGUGGACACGACCUCCAACACGCUGUCCUGGGCUUUGUACCACCUCUCCCGCGACGCAGACAUCCAGGAGACCCUGUACCAGGAGCUGAAAGCUGUUGUGCCUGCCAACCGGUUUCCUGCUGCUGAGGAUAUCCCCAAGUUGCCGAUGCUUCGGGCCGUUAUCAAGGAGACUCUGAGAGUCUACCCUGUGGUGCCCACCAACGCCAGGGUCUUCUAUGAGAAGGACAUUGUCAUCGGAGACUACCUCUUCCCCAAGAAUACCCUCUUUGUCCUGGCACACUACGCGAUGUCCCACGAUGAGACCUACUUCCCCGAGCCUGAGCGGUUCCUGCCCCAGCGCUGGCUCCGGGGACACGGCUCCCCUCACCACCCCUUCAGCUCCAUCCCGUUUGGCUACGGGGUUCGUGCGUGUGUCGGACGCCGCAUCGCUGAGCUGGAGAUGCACCUGGCCCUUGCCAGGAUGAUCCAGGCAUAUGAGGUGCGGCCGGACCCCCGUGGCGUGGAAGUGACAUCUGUGUCCCGCAUUGUCCUGGUGGCUGACAAGCCCAUCAACCUGGAAUUCAUCGCUCGCCCAGGAGCCCCCUGACUGCACGUCCACCCCCACCCUGGGUGCCAAAUGGAGAUCCCCUUUACUGCCCCACAAGGACAGGAAGGCAAACCCCUCCUCUGGCCAGCUUGGGCCAGGGGGCUUACAGUCCCACAGUGGGAAAGGUGGGGGGGAUGAGAGAUUGCCCCCAAAUCACCCCAUGGCCACUAGUAUCCCCCUGCCCAAAAUCAGCAGGAGGCUUGGGGAACUGCUGUGCCUUUGACACACUGCAGGGGGGUUGUGUCCCCCCUCUCCUGUGCCCAGCUGGGCUGUAUCAGGAACCUGGGAGCUCUUUUGGGGCUGGGGGAAAGCAGGGAGGGGGCUUGCAGCCAUUCGGUAUUUCCUUCGUCCAGUCCUUGUGUAGCUGUGCGUGGAUCUGUGCCUGGAGCCAGGACAUCUGGGUCCUCUCUGAACAGCUGACCUUGGCCUCAGAAA